AACGAAAGUGAAACAGUGGAUGCAGUGAAAGAAUAGGACGACGCGUUUCAUACCCAAACAGUAUUCGCAUGAGGGGUGAAACGAUGGAUGAAUAUCCUUAUCCCAUCACUAUAGACGUGAGUUGGACAAACUCUGUCUCUAAAGGGAUACAGAACAAGCUUCAGAUUUAUUUUCAAAGUAAAAAGAAGUCGAGUGGAGGGGACUGCUUGGUGCACUACGAGGAUCAACGCUCCACUAGCGCAACUGUUUAUUUCAAAUCUGAGGAUGUCAGGGAAAGGGUUCUAUCGAGAGAUAACCAUGAAAUUACUGUAGACAAUGAAACUGUGAAGUUGCGCUUGUCAUCAUCAUCGGGGGAAAAUCUGAAAGAGGAUUGCACUCUGUCGCUUGGUGCUACAAGCAAUGAAUUGUCAGAUGUGUCAAGUGAAGCACAGGAAGCUCCCAACUCUGAGAGUGGGCCUGGAGAGGGAGGUGGAGCUGAGGUGUCUCCUCAGAGCUCUGCUGUGGUGCUGGAGAGGGUUCCUGAGAACAUGUCGAGAGACUUGCUGUUGUUGCUGGUGGAGACCAUCUCUGGCCUGGAGGAAGACAACUUCUCACUGGAGGUCAUCAGUGAGACAAACAGAGCUGUUGUGACCUUCAAUAAUCCCAAAGAUGUGGAGCGUUUUCUCACUGAGAGCAAGAGCAACAAGAGUUUUCAGAAGCAGGGUUUGAUUGGCCGGUUGCUAGAGAGGUGCCAGAGUGUGAGAGUGGAGAACCUGGCAUCGAACAUACUUCAGGAUAUGCUGGAGCUCUACAUUGAGAAGUGGGCUAGCCCAGCAAAGGACAUCACUGUGUUUCGUGAGGAACAGGCAGCCAUUGUCACCUUCCACGCACCAGAAGUUGUGCACACCACUCUAAAUAAACGUCUUGUAAUUGGCAAAGUCCCAGUCAACGUGUAUCCAUACUACGAGUCCUUAGGAACUGCCUUGUAUGGAAAGGAGAGGCCAAUGGGGAAGAUGCCUGACCCCUUCAUAGAGUGUGUGCAUUCUGCCGUAUGGAAAUUCCUCUCCACGAAGAGACAGUUUUCCCGCAUCACUGACCAGAUGAAGGCCCACUUCUGUCAAGUAGACAUGGAUACUCCUGAGGUAAAACUCAGUCCUUUGCCAACCCUGCUAAGGCAGAAAGGACUAACAAGCAAACAUGUAGAUGGAUGGAAGCAGAAUGCCUUGAUCGUCUUCCGUGACAUCAUGGCCAAAUAUGCUGUGUUUGAGUGUUUUGUAAGUGCCCCAGCGUGGAAGGCAGUGGAGAAACAAGUCCGCUCGGUGGUGAAAGAGGAUGCUGUCCUAGCUAUGGAUGCCUCCAAAGGGUCUCUGACAGUUGCAGGUCUGGCCGAAGACACGAAGCGAGUCCAGGGGCUGGUGGAAGACCUCAUGCAGAGGGCCAUGAGUCGGAUAGAGAGGCAGAGGGAUGGCAUCUCGGAGGAGAUGGACAUGUCCCCUGCCAUGUUCUAUAUCCUACAGCAGGAAGGACUUCUGAAGUGCGCAGCAGACGAAGCCCCAGAGAUGGGUUUUUCUUACAGAGACGACACCAAGAAGUUGGUUCUCUCAGGUCUUGUUGCAGAGGUGUACAAGAUGAAGUACUGGAUUCUGGAGAGGGAGCUCAAGAUGAAUAAGAAGCAGCUGAAGCUGGAACCCCAAAUCCUGGACUUCCUGCGGUCAGUGGACAGUAUGGAGAUGUCCCAGGACCUGUUCACGUCCCGGGGCAUCAACGCUGUAUACAGAGUGGAGGGUGGAAAGGUACUUCUGACUGGUAGCUCAGACAGAGCAUUGGCUGAUGCAGAGCAGAGGGUGAAGACUGCCCUGUCCCUGCAGAGCCUUAUGGUGGAGGAUCAGGAGGUGCUGAGGAAGCCUGAGUGGAAAUAUCUGAACAACCAACUGGUGGACGCCAACAACUCCCUAAAGAAAAGAACGGUGGUGAUUAAGCUUCACCCAGAGAGGAGAGACAGAAUCAUUGUGUCUGGCUUCCUGGACCCGGUCAGAGAGGUCAGCAAUAGUCUGCGGGACUUUAUUGAAAACAACUCACGAGUCGAAGAGGCUGUCCUUCUCAAGUCCUGUGCCGUGGUUAAAUUCAUCCAGGAGAACAAAUCCCAGGACUGGGAACAUUUUGCCAAGCGUGAUGAGGUGAACGUCCACUUUGACCCCAGAAGGCCCAAAAUGGUCCUUUCUGGAGAGCGUCUCUACGUCAAGAAGGUCAAAGAGACCUUUCAGAAGAUGGUAGCAACUUUCUGCACUGAUGAGCUCACCAUCAUGAAGCCUGGAGCAAGAAAGUACUUCCAAGAGGAGGGAAGAAUGUUUGUUUCCAUGGCGAUGAAGGAGCAUGGCUGUGUGGUGCUGCUGCAGGAAGACUACAUGCUGGAGGAAGAAGAGGGCGAUGAUGAAGAUGGGGAGAAAGGAUUUGGCCCAUCAUCCUGCUGUGAGGUGAGGACAUCCAAUGGAAUCCUGGUCUCCGUCAGUAAGGCAGACAUCUGCAAGUUCAAAGUGGACGCAGUAGUCAAUGCAGCCAAUGAAGACCUGCAGCAUAUUGGAGGCUUGGCUUUAGCACUACUCAAGGCUGCUGGUCCACGGCUGCAGGAGCUCAGUGAUCAACAUGUCCGUAAUAACCGCCGACUGCAGCCAGGCGACGCCAUUGUGACAGAUGCAGGCAAUCUGCCCUGUAAGUAUGUGGUCCAUGCGGUUGGUCCACGGUUCACAGACUUUGACCAGGGAACAGCCAUACAGCGUCUGAAACAAGCUGUGAAUGAGAGCCUGAGGGAGGCUGCGAAGGUUAACUGCUCAACUGUUGCCGUCCCGGCCGUCAGCUCUGGGAUAUUCGGCUUUCCUCUGAACCUGUGCACUGAGACCAUUGCUGUGGCAGUGCGUGACUACUGUGAGAACCUAAGAGGUCAGACCUCCCUGACUGAGAUUCACCUGGUGGACAACAGUGACAACACUGUGAGAGCCCUGGCCAGCGCUGUCCAGAAAACGUUCAAUGACCUGCACCCAAAAAUGACCAUGCCUCUGCAGGGUGCACAUAGGGGAAAUGGACAUCGGGGACGCGGGCAACAGGGAAGUGAACGACGGGGAAGAGGACAACAUAGUUACAGACAUCAAGGACCUGGAUAUCAGGGACAGUCACCAUGGGGACAUGGGCAGUGGGGACAAAGCAGAAGAGGGGGAGGAGAAGGUGGAGGUAGAGGGGGGGGAGGAGAAGGUAGAGGUAGAGGGGGAGGGGGAGGAGGUAGAGGUAGAGGAGGGGGAGGAGAAGGUAGAGGGGGAGGAGAAGGUAGAGGAGGAGGUGGAGGUAGAGGAGGAGGUGAAGGUAGAGGAGGACAUGGAUAUAGGGGAGGAGGAGUUAGAGACAGCAUAACUCAAAGAAAUUAUCAUGAAAACCAAGAGGAGCAGAGGAGAGAGUAUGGCCAAGAGAGGAAGUUUGAGGGGGCAGGCAGUGGGGAAAUCCUACAGACCAAUCGCACACAAGAGGGUCUGAAGAUCAUUCUGAGGAAGGGAAAUAUCCAGGAGGAAUAUUCUGAGGGCAUCGUCAACACCAUCUCUGAGGAUUUGGACCUGAGUAAAGGUGCUGUGUCCAAUGCUAUCCUAAAGGCAGCCGGUCCUGGGCUCCAAUCAGCAGCCACAGAUGAGGCUCGCGUCAACAGAUUGGCCUAUGGUGACGUUGUGGUCACCGACGGUUACAACCUGCGAUGUCAGAGGGUGAUCCAUACUGUCUGCCCCCAUUGGGACCAGGGAGCUGGCUCAGCAGAGAAGAUAUUGAUAAAGAUGAUCAGAGAUUGCCUGAGUGAGGCAGAGAAGCAUAGGCUGGCAUCCCUGUCUUUCCCUGCCAUUGGAACAGGGAACAUGGGAUUCCCUAAGGGCCUGGUGUCCAAGCUUCUUCUGCAGGAGGUCAAAGACUUCAGCCAGAGAAGAAACUCCACACACCUUAAAGAAGUGGCCAUCGUGGUCCACGCCAGCGACACCCAAACUGUGGAUUGCUUUGUCAGGGAAUUCAGAGGUCAGACACAAGGGUAUACUUGGCAGAGUUCACAAGGUUCCGGCCAAUCACAACAUUCCAAAUCUCAUGUUGGCCAAUCACAGCAGCCCUCUGGCGCAGGCUUCUUUGGACAGGUGUCAUCCCCUUCUCUGGGUGUGUACAGCAUGCAGAUUGGUCACAUGACUUUUGAAGUGUCAUCAGGAGACAUCACCAAGGAGUCCAGUGAUGUCAUUGUGAACUCCUCCAAUAAGGACUUUAACCUCAAAUCAGGUGUAUCCAAAUCCAUUUUAGAAGGAGCUGGAUUGAAGGUGGAGUUGGAGUGCUCAGAGAUUGUCAGAUCCCCAAGCUUCCAACCAUGCAGGAUGAUUGUGACAUCAGCAGGAUCUCUCCCAUGCAAACACAUCAUGCACAUUGUGGGACAGAAUGACCCUGAGAUCAUUAAAGAGACUGUGUACGAUGUUCUCAAGAAUUGUGAAGAGCAAAAGUUCACCUCAGUGUCCUUCCCAGCGCUUGGAACAGGCCAGGGUGGGGCGAGUCCCUCUGCUGUUGCGGACGCCAUGAUUGACGCAGUGGUGGACUUUGUGAAGAAGAAAAUGGGACCGUUUGUGAGAAGUGUGAAGAUCCUGAUAUUCCAGACUGCCAUGAUAACGGAGUUCCACAAGAGCAUGAAGAGGAGAGUGGGAGAGGGAGUGGAGGAAAAGGGCAUUUUUACCAGGUUUAAAGAUUCGCGCUCUGCCCGUGAGAACUUUGUCAUGGCGGGAGAGGAGUUUGCCCCGACCGUGUUCCAGCUGUGUGCAGAGAGCCCCCGGGCUGUGAGCCGUGCCCGGGACUGGAUUAAAAACCUCAUAAUGAAGGAGCAAACUGAGAAAACCAUCAAGAACCCGUACAUCAGCCAGCUGAGCCAGGGGGAUGUGGAAAAGUUGCAGGCCAUGCAGAGGGAGCUGACGGUCAGGAUACGCCUGGAGAAGAAGGGUCCUGACUCCCUGAUCCACCUGGAGGGCUUGAGCCGCGAUGUGCUUACAGCAGACAGCCUCAUCAGCAACAUGGUCCUGGACCAGGAGAGGGCAGAGAAUAGCAGACAGGCAGCUUUCCUGGUGAGCAGCCUGGUGGAGUGGCAGUACAAAGACCACAGUGGAACAAUGGUGUCUUUUGACAUGUUCACCAACUACAUCCUGGAGGAGGCUGUGAGAGACAACAGCAAAGUGACAAUCAAGAUCAACAAUGAGGAUUAUAAGGCAAAUGUAGCCCACAAGAGAGCUGUCAAGAUUAGGGGCAUAAGAGAAAUUGAGUUACUGAGGAAAGACCUGAAAGACGAUACAUCAGUGUCUCUACCUGCACACUGGGAUGACAUGAAGGGUUCCCUCUUAAUGCUGGUCCCACUAACUACAGGAUCCAAGGGAUACAAUGACGUAGAGAAGGAAUUUCGGAAGACUUUACUCACUGACACCAUCAUUACAAUUGAACAAGUCCAGAACGAUCCACUGUGGAAGAGCUACCAGAUAAGAAAGAAGCUCCUGGAGGAGAAGAACAAGCACACAAACAACGAGAAACUGCUGUUCCACGGCACCAGUUCUGACUCCAUCACCAAGAUCAACAACCAUGGCUUCAAUCAAAGCUACGCUGGAGCACAUGGUGCGGCUAUUGGCAAUGGAUCAUACUUUGCUGUGGACUCCAGUUAUUCAGCAAGGGGAUAUUCUAAAGCUGAUGCACAGGGGAUCAAGCACAUGUACCUGGCCAGGGUUCUUGUUGGAGACUACACUCAGGGACAAGAAGGCUUGAUCGUUCCUCCUGCCAAAGCUUCAGGGCAGGAUGCCGAAUUGUACGACAGCGUCACAGACAACACCUCCAAUCCAACCAUGUUUGUGAUCUUCAAUGAUGUGCAGGCUUAUCCAGAGUUCCUCAUCACAUUCCAGUAAAUC